AUGUUCAAACCAAUUCUCAUCGCACUCCUCGCCCUCGCAACCGGCAUAACAGCAACCCUCGACCCAGCAACCUCACACUCAAACGCCACCUAUCCGGCCGCCCCAGCCUGCAAACCCGGAAAAGUAAGCAAAGCUAUCCAGGCCGCGGAAUGCAGCCACAACACGCGCCUCAGCAAGCAAACCUUUGCCGUCUUCACUAUCGACCACCAAUACGACAAGUCCCACGGCGCCCCGUACGGCACAUGCGAAGCCUACAACUGCGCCCCGGGAUCCAAGAUGACGGCGCGUAAAGAUACGUUUACUUUUUUCUGGGACGCAGCGGGCGUGCGGGGUGAGGAGGAUGGCGAGGGGAUGGGAUGUAUCCGUAGUCCCCGCGAUGGCACAUGCGGGUGCGAGAAUAGUGACGGAAAGUUUGUAUACGGGGGUACGGAUUGUAAAUAA